AUGUCCGCUACAAAGUGGGAUGAAGACCAUGACGCAGCUCCAUUCUUAGUCCGUCUUUUUCAUAAGACCGGCAGCUUUCCCAGGCCAGAGGAAUUUGCAUCAUCUUCACUACCGCCAUAUGUUUCCAUCUACACUUGGUCAACCUGCACACUCAAUGAGCUGGCCCUUGAGCUGGCAGCGGCAAAACCUAAUGCGUUGCCAAAUCCAGCUGUCGGCACCAGACUCUCAUUUCAGCUUGUCUGUCCAGAUUUACGCGGCACAAAUGCUGCUAGCGCUACGCAACCAAAGUUUGCCGUCAAAGAGCUGGGAAGCAUCGUCAUUGGCGAGGGCUACCCCGGCGCAGAGGACGCUGAGGACGCUGGGCCUGAUACCCUGAUGAGGGACGACUUUGGGAAGGACAAGACGUUGGCUGACUGGAGAUUUGUCGUUGGAGACUACAUAUCAUGCGCGAUCCUUCCUCCGCGGGGAGAUGGGGCUGUGGUACCGCCAGGGACUGGCAGAAGAGGGUCGGUAUCUGGGGGGCGAGAUGGGCGCAGCGGUGGAUUCAGAGGUGGAUUUCAUGGCCGAGAGGGCAAUUUUGGCCGCAGCAACGGUCGUUUAAACCGGCCAGGCUGGAGAGAUACUAACAGGCUUCCAUCAGGCGAAUGGAGAAGAGGAGAACAGCUACCAGAGGGGCCGCCUGGGGGGCCAAGGGGCAGGGGCCGCUGGUAG